UAGCAUCAAUCAAAACUUCCCAGCUCAGUUGAUUCUGUGCAAAAUUCUGUACCCAAUUUUGUGCAUGUAGCACUACCCCUAUAAAUAGUGAGUUAAAAAAAAACCCAGAAGGACGGAACCGUUGAUUAAAGUCCGGCACCAAAUAGAGACGGGUAUAAUUGGUUUUAGGUCUUCACCGCCGCUGAUUUAACCAUCAAGGUUUUGUUAGGUUUCUGCUCUUUUUAAAAUCAUUAUUGAAUAGUCAAAUACUUCAUCUGAGGAAGGUUAUUUCAUGUAUAUUCAAGGGCUGGUAAAUUAAUUGAGUAAAGUGGCCACAAUCUAGAAGUCUUGUAACAAUGGAUCAGCUUGAUGAAGCCUACAGCGAAGAAGUUGCAGUAAUAUUGAGAGCAAUGUAUGCCGCUAAACGCGCAAAAGAAAAUGAUGUUCCAGAUCAAAUCGAAGAGGUAAAGAGAAUUUCGACCGAAUAUUGCAUCAGAAUUAUGGUGUUGAAAGAAUUUGCAAUAAGUAUUUACUAUUUGGAAUACCAGGGUCUCUACCUGGGUUCAAUUGGUGCUGCGAAUAACAGAAGUGUUUUGAAAAGUUUGAAUGUCACACACAUUUUAACCGUGGCCAGUUCGCUGCCUCCUUCUUACCCAAAUGAGUUCAAGUACAAAAUUGUUGAUGUCCAGGAUCGAGAGAGCAUAAACAUAGCUCAAUAUUUUGAUGAAUGCUUCGGCUUUAUUGAAGAAGCUAAAGAAAUGGGUGGUAAUGUUUUGGUUCAUUGCUUUGUAGGAAGAUCCAGAAGUGUCACAAUUGUUGUUGCUUAUCUAAUGAAGAAGCGUGGAAUGAGCUGUUCAGAAGCUUUGCAGCACGUGAAGAGUAAGCGAGCUGUAGCUUUUCCAAAUUCCGGUUUUCUGUUGCAGCUACAAAGUUUCGAAGAAUCUCUUAGAGGGCAGAAAAGAGAAAACUCAUCUACUGCAGUACUGCUUAAGCAAUGAGACUUUGCAUUUGGAUGUGAAUCAAGUGAGCAGAGCUAUAUGUGUGUUAGAAAGAAGUCUGAGGAGGAUGGUUUUUUAUGAAUAAAAUUCCAGGCAGUAUAGUUGUGAAAUCCUGAAAAUUUUAUUUAACACAGAUCAAGGUAUUAUUCUCUGCGAGUCAGUAUAAUAAACUAGAGUCUGUACUUGGCAGUGGCACCAUUGAUUACGAGACAAAAAUGCAGUUCUACUGUUGCAAAAUCGUAAUUUUGACUAAUAUGUGUGGCAAGUAUGUUGGCUGUGC